AUGGAUAAAUCUGUGUGUCUGUCUAUCUAUCUCAGCCGGUUCAUAUCUAUCUAUCUAUCUAUCUAUCUAUCUAUCUAUCUAUCUAUCUAUCUAUCUAUCUCAGUCUUUUCAUAUCUAUCUAUCUAUCUAUCUAUCUAUCUAUCUAUCUAUCUAUCAGUUCCAUAUUUUCAUUCAUUCCUUCUGUCUCAAUCUGUUCAUAUCUAUCUAUCUAUCUAUCUAUCUAUCUAUCUAUCUUACAGUUUUCCUUUUCUUUCAUUCUAUUUAUUUAUCGCACAAUUUGACCCUUUCUUUUAUCUAUCUAUCUAUCUAUCUAUCUAUCUAUCUAUCUAUCUAUCUUUUCCUUCAUUUCUUCUGUAUCUAUCUAUCUAUCUAUCUAUCUAUCUAUGCCAGUCUUCUUUUCUAUCUAUCUAUCUAUCUAUCUAUCUAUCUAUCUAUCUAUCUAUCUAUCUAUUCACCUCAGUCUGUUCAUAA